AUGGCCCGGCGAUGGGCGCGCCGGUUUGAGCGCACAUGCUGCUCCAUCGUCAGGUACUUCCCGCUGCUCUUUGUCUAUGGCCUCACGACGUGGGCUGUCGUGACGGUUGUCAACAUUGGCAACGAAGACACAAGCAUCGCAUGGCUAGGCAAAACAUCUUCCGCUGUUGGGAUUGCCAUCUACCUCCUCGCCAACUGGUGCUACACCGUCGCCGUCUUCACGCCCCCCGGCUCGACCACAACGACCGAUGGUUACGGCAUGCUGCCGACGGCCCAGACCAAUCGCCCCGCAACAUCCUUUACCGUCAAGAGCAACGGUGAGUUGCGGUUCUGCAAGAAGUGUCAGGCGCGCAAGCCCGACCGCGCGCAUCACUGCUCCACCUGCAAGCGAUGUGUCCUAAAGAUGGACCAUCACUGCCCGUGGCUGGCGACGUGCGUCGGCCUGCGCAACUACAAGGCCUUUUUGCUCUUCCUCUGCUACACGACGCUACUGUGCUUUUACUCGUUUGCCGUUAGCGGUGCCUGGGUGUGGACGCAGAUUAUCAGCGGCAUCACCGAAGAGGUCGACAACCUUAUGCCCGUCAACUACAUCAUGCUUGCCGUCAUGAGCGGCAUCAUUGGCAUCGUGCUCUGCAUCUUCACCGGAUGGCAUAUCAUGCUCUCCAUGCGCGGUCAGACGACGAUUGAGUGUCUCGAAAAGACGCGCUACCUUUCGCCGCUACGGCGCUCCUACAACCUCACCCACGAUCCGCGGCACCAGUUUCACCCCGUUGCGCAGCAGAUUGUCGACUUCCACACCGCGGCGCUGCCGGGCAUCACCGCGCCUGAAGAGGGUGAAGAUCAGCGCUGGGCGCAGGACCGGCCAGACGCCACCCAGCAACGCCCGUCCGCGCAGCGCUCGUAUGCCGAGCUCGAGCGCGACCAGAGCCGCCGCCGUUACGAAGAUUACCUCGAUGAGCAGGACGCCGAGAAGCUGCCCAGCGCGUUCGAUCUCGGCUGGCGGAAGAACAUGACGCACCUGCUCGGUCCGCGGCCCGCGCUGUGGUUCAUCCCCAUCUGCAACACCACCGGCGAUGGCUGGGCAUGGGAAGCGAGCCCUAAGUGGCUGGAGGCCUGCGACCGCGUGCGCGUCGAGCGCGAGCGCCAACGCCAGCGCGAAAUCAACGCCGGCUGGGGCGAGGCCGGGCCGCCCCCGGAGCCGCCGUCUUACUACGGUCAGCAGCAGCAACAACAACAGCAGCAGCAACAGCGUCAAACGCCUAGCAAAGCGGAUCGUCUGCUCGGUCGCGAUCCAAUCAUGUACGCGGACCCCCAUCCUAACGGCAACGAAAAUACCGUUCCGCUGCAGCGUCUGAGCCCCCGCGGACGCACCAUUGAGCAGGAGCUCCAAGACAUUGACAAUGACAUUAUUGAUUUCGAUGACGAGCCGCAGCAGAAGCACCGGCCGAAUGGCGCGGGCUCAACGCGCAUGAAUAGCAACAGCAGCAGCAACUGGGGCCGCGGCGGCGCGAGCGGCAUGCUGCGAGGCGGAAGUGGAGGCAGUGGUGGCCAGACACCGAAGCAGGAUAGUCGGAGCGCGGGCUACGAGGACGAAGGUGUAGAUUAG